GCGAAAACCCUUAGCACGAAUCAGUCCAAGGUACCGACCUAAUGACUCAACUGUAUAACACGCAUGUUUAACCCAAGUUGUCAAGACGUCGCUGGUCAGUCUUAGACUAAAGGAAGGGGCCAUCGAGAACACCUUAGCGUCCAGACGCGACAGAUUAAACAAUAGAUAAGACUUCGGAUGUUAAGAACAUGACUUCAGGGGUGCUGAUUUCUAUGAGUCAUCAAGUGGAUAGGAUUUUUGGAAGGCCUUUUAAGACGCGGCCAAAUUCAUCGAACGUCUUUCUUGUGCGUAGGGCUUCAACGAGGGAACGACAGAGCCGACCGGCGACAAGCUGGGAUCCACCUAAACCUUUUCCGUAUUUUGGCCAACUGAAGAUUGUUGCUGCUCCCAGUUUUUCUGAUGUAAACCGUACCAGUCUUACGACGAUUGUCAUCCUGGACCUUUAAUACGAGUGUAGACACGUGUCGGCGGCGUUCGGCGGGGCUGGAUUGAAUCUCCGACUGGGCUGAGGAGCAUCGGCAGCUAUCGUCUGUGUUCCGUACGGGAGGAGGGCGUUACUGUGCGGAGUUUACAGCUACCGUUUGUGUUCCGUACGGGGGAAGGGCGUUCCUAACGCGGAGUUUCCACCCGGGACGGCUCGGGAUGGUGGUGACGGUUCACCCCGCCCGGGAGGUGACCAGGAACAGCCGCAGGACUGGGAGAUAGCUGCGGACCCGCCCGCCUGCUCGCGGACAGGGACGGACAGCUUCUAACCACGGGCGCAGCGUGAAAUUAUGGAACUUUGGACCUUAAUGAUUGUGUGUCUACUGAGCCUGGCGAGGAACUGUGUGCUGGGGGCCGCCGCGCGGAGACGGACUGUGGCGGACCUGUUGGAUAACCUGGGGGAUUAUCAGACAGUCAUUCCGCGGCGGGUCGACCACACAGGGCAGUUUCAGUCCUACCGCGUCAUGAACAAGCCCAGAACUCGAAGCAGACGCUCUAUAACGUUGGACGGGGACCAAUAUGAACAGGACGACCAGAUAUUUUACAUGAUCGCCGCUUACGGCAGAACGUUUCACCUGAACGUCACGAGGAAUAACGACUUGGUGUCCGCGAACUUCGUGGUGGAACACUGGGGGGAGAACGGGACGGUGACGUCACGGCGGGGGGCCCGGCGGCACGCAGGGUGUCAUUACGUCGGGACCAUCCGGGACCACGAACAUUCCAGCGUCGCGAUCAGCAACUGCAGGGGACUGGUGAGUACAUAGCCUGAUUAAGUCUCG